UGUGAUUCAGUGAAUUUGUUUUUCAUUUGCGUCAUUCUUAGACUUGAUUCAAUUAAUUUUGACGCAAUAUUUGUCGAUAAGUACUGAAUAAGCUUUUACCCUAAAACUACAACAUACAAAUUCAAGAAAAAUAACUUGGCAUCACCGAAAAAUGGCAUCCGACAGAUCUGAAUCGACCGGAAAUUCCAAUGGCGAUCGCCGGAAAGUAGCUCUGAUCACCGGCAUUACCGGCCAAGACGGGUCAUAUCUGACUGAAUUCCUUCUCGACAAGGGUUAUGAAGUUCAUGGACUAAUCCGUAGAUCCUCCAAUUUCAACACUCAACGCGUUAAUCACAUCUACAUCGAUCCUCACAAUGUCCACAAGGCUCGCAUGAAACUCCACUAUGCCGACCUUACAGACGCCUCUUCUCUCCGCCGUUGGAUUGAUACUAUUCAACCCGAUGAGGUUUACAACCUCGCCGCACAGUCUCAUGUUGCCGUUUCCUUCGAGAUCCCUGAUUACACCGCCGACGUUGUCGCCACCGGUGCUCUCCGUCUUCUGGAGGCUGUCCGUUCUCACAUUUCUGCGACCGGAAGAUCACACAUCCGUUACUACCAAGCCGGAUCAUCUGAGAUGUUCGGAUCCACCCCACCGCCGCAAUCUGAAUCUACACCCUUCCACCCUAGAUCCCCUUACGCUGUCUCCAAGUGUGCCGCACAUUGGUACACUGUCAAUUACCGUGAAGCGUACGGAAUCUUCGCCUGUAAUGGGAUCCUGUUCAAUCAUGAAUCCCCCAGGCGGGGCGAGAACUUCGUUACUCGGAAGAUCACUCGGGCUGUGGGUCGGAUCAAGAUCGGGCUACAGAGCAAGCUGUUCUUGGGGAAUCUGCAGGCAUCCAGGGAUUGGGGUUUUGCUGGGGACUAUGUAGAAGCAAUGUGGAUGAUGCUGCAGCAAGAGAAGCCGGAUGACUAUGUGGUAGCAACUGAGGAAUCACACACUGUAGAGGAGUUCUUGGAAGUGGCAUUUGGUUUCGUUGGAUUGAAUUGGUCGGAUCAUGUCGUGAUUGAUAAGAGGUACUUUAGGCCUACAGAAGUUGAUAAUCUUAAGGGAGAUUCAAGCAAGGCGAGGAAAGUUUUGGGAUGGAAGCCCAAAGUUGGAUUCAAACAACUUGUGAAGAUGAUGGUGGACGAGGACGUCGAGUUGGCUAAAAGGGAGAAGGUUCUUGUUGAUGCUGGUUACAUGGAUGCUCAACAACAGCCUUGAAAACUCUCUUAUGCAGAAAAACGUUUCAUUCACAGGGUGGAGGACACUACAGACCUGCUUUCAGUUGCAGAACAGUUGUCCUUGCAAAUGACGAGAAAGCUGUAUACUCGUUGUUGUCUACCAAGCCGAUGUUAAUGCAGUCCAUGGUGAAGCGUCUCCUGGUGUGUGUGUUUGCUGUGUAGAAGACAUAAAGAAUCCUCCAGAGGACAAAGUAAAUAUUGAACUUCCAUAGCUGACUGCUUUGUUAAAUUUACUGCAAAACCCUGAAGUGCUUUAUACUAACCAAAGUAGUUAAGACAAGAAUUUUUCCGACUUGAAAAAAUUUUGGUUGCUGAUAAUUAAAUAGUUGGAAUUUGGAGUUUCCAAGAGAGUGCUUUUAGCAUCUACUUGUAAAUUAAAACUCUUUUCUUUUGAGAAUUAGCCCCUCAAUGAUGUGGAGAUUGUUGCCCUCCUGAAAGUUGCAAACAGAUAACAGCAGCACAAAAGUCACUCACAGCUUGAAGAUUCCACGUCCCCAAAAGCAACGAAGGUUUAAGUUAUCUGGGGAAACAGCUUGCUCAGUCCAGAUUAUUACUUCUGCCAAAGGAAAUUUUACUAUCUGCAGGCCUCAUGGAUGAUAUAAACACAGAGGGCCAAGUUACAAUGGAUAGUUUGUUUGCUGUGUCACGUCUUUCCUUACAUGUUGAUCAAUUAUUAAUAUUUGUUCCGGUUUCUAGUUUAAAUUUACCAUAGAAAGAUUUCAGUUUUUUGUUUUCCUUUUUACAUCUUUUAUGCUCCUCUUUCUUUUUUUUCAAUUCUCGGCAGGUCAAAUUUUGAUGGCUUCACGAUAUAGCUGAGAAUUAAAGAAAUUUUAUCAGUGACAUGAAUAUUACACACACCAACAAAAUUA